UUAAGAGGUUGACUUGUUUAAGUAGACCAUAACUUAAUGUAAUUUAAUGAUUUUUUUUUUAUUUUGAAGUAAAGACCGAUUUUUUUCUUACUGGUGAGAUUAUAUUUGAAGCACAGGGUUACACUUUAUGCAAUGGCCUGGCGACCUGUUCAGGGUGCAGCCCGCCUCUCGCCCGUAGAUAGGCUCCAGCCCCCGAGACCCCACAUGGGACCAAGCGGUAGAAAAUGGAUGGAUGGAGACACUUUACAUUGUGUCCAGUAACAACCAACGCCAUGUUGCGCGCUUGCAGUCACCUGACCCACUUCAUUAAACGCAGGUGUUCCUAAUAAAACGGCAAAUCCGCACGCGCACACACGGUGGCGUCCUCCGCCCUCCACGCGUGGACCCACUGACAGGCUUCAGGUUCUUGUCUGAGGGCGCAGCUGAAGCGGAACAGGCGUCAGGAGGCGAUGCGCGCACACACCUCGGGCUAAACUGUAUCUCGUGUGUGUUUUUUUUUUCUCUACUGUGACUUGGCAGUGACGCAGACCUGCCUUCCUCCUUUUCACAGUUGUCUGUUAGCGACGGGAGGUUUUGCUCAGAGCUGAGUCACUCAAACAAAGAUACCGCGACAACUUGAUCGUUGUUCCUGUGCGCUUGUUCUGCGUCUGUGCGACUCACUUGUGGCUUUUUGAACAGUAUUCUACAACGAGCCUUAAGUAACUUUUAGAGUACUUUUUUAUUUAAAUUGCUUAUUUCAAAUGUUUUUUUUUGUGCCGUGUCUUUAAUUACUUCGUCGGUGACAGAAUUAGCUCUUCUUUUCCUGCAGCACCAACAGUUCCAAGUGACUCCAUAUGACUUCAUAACUACAAACUUUGCGCAUUGUGCACUUCUUUUUUUUUUAAUUCCAUGCCGAAUCCAUUAUUGGAGACCUCGCAGUUCGACGCGCGCUCUCGAUCGGAGCAGUGGCGACAGUGAUGCAACAGGAGCGCCUGCUCAAAGUUUUAGUCAUCGGCGACCUCGGAGUCGGGAAAACGUCCAUCAUAAAGCGCUACGUGCACCAAGUCUUCUCGCAGCACUACCGGGCCACCAUCGGCGUGGACUUCGCCCUCAAAGUGCUUAACUGGGAUCACAAGACAGUGGUGCGUCUGCAGCUGUGGGACAUCGCCGGACAAGAGCGCUAUGGCAACAUGACCCGCGUUUACUACAGGGAGGCUGUGGGCGCCCUCGUCGUCUUCGACAUGACCAGGCUGUCCACGUUUCAGGCCGUGCUCAAGUGGAAAGGAGACCUGGACUCAAAGGUCGCCCUCGGCAACGGGACGCCGGUUCCAGCGGUGCUGCUGGCUAAUAAGUGCGACCAGCGGCGUCACGGUUUGUGCCCCAAACUGCCCAAACUGGAGAGCUUCUGCAACGACUACGGCUUCGUAGGCUGGUACGAAACCUCUGCCAAAGACGACACCAACAUCGACGCCGCCGUCACGCGUCUGGUGGAGACCGUCAUGUCUGCGGAGGAGGAGCGAGCGUCCGCGAGGCCCGAGGAGGAGGGCGGCAAACAGGCCGAUGGCUCCACCCACAGCCCCGUCAUCAUGCUGCUGAACCUGCAGUCCCUCGUCAGCCUGCUGCUGCUGGGCCUGUCCGUGGUCCUGUCCGCCAGCAUCUACCUGUGGGUCCUCCGAUACGUCUGCAUCGGCUGCUGCCAGCCCAUCGCCGUCGGCGCCGAGUCCGAAGCCUUGGUUGGGUUAGUGUGAAGCCACCGGCUGCCGUCCCAGCGGGUCAGAGUAUCGCUUGCUGACACGCUCGCUGGCAAGUCUCACACAAUAGCGCCUCGUCUUCACAGGUACAAAAUGACAUUCCCGUACCUGUGAAUUGCUUCUAUUCCCUGGAGACUUUGAUAUGAUGCGUGACUUGUCUCACCUGUGAGGCGUCAGCCGGCAUGUGAGGCUUUGCUACAGAUAUUUAUUUUUUAUUUCUGUAGCACAUACAGAAGGUGGAUGUUGCAUUUUAUGUGCUAGACGUUAUACACUGUUUCAGUUUACUUUAGUUCCACACUUUUCAGUGAAGAUGGAAAUUCAGUUUGGAAAGUGACCAAGCCAAUAAAGGCUUUUGCAGUGAGUCACCCUUCUGGUUAGGAGCCAGAGCACUUACGGCAGAACAUCGCCACCAAAAUGGCGACAAAUGUGAGUGAGUUCAACACAGCUGGACGUGCAGUUUUAAGUGGAUUGUCAGAUUUGCAUAUUUCUGCAAUUAAAGGUAUUGAAUAAACGAGUAAAAACUAAAGGACAAACUCAAAGGCAAAGUGACAUUCCUGAGAUCAGAGCUGUAAGGUUCAGUAAAGCGGAGUAGCAAUAGUUCAGUUACCAGGCAUUAAAAAAUAAACAGUAAUAUUUCGCAAUAAUUAGAAUCAUAUUAAAUACACACACACGCACACACAUAUGACACAGGUUCAUGGGAGGAGUGGACCUUCUAUACAUGUUGCACAACAUCAGAUCCCAAAGAUGGUACUAUAUUUGGUGCAUUUGACCCAUGUUGCCCCCACGCAGAAGGAAAUCCACUGUGAUGCCCACUGACGUGAUGAGGGACGGCAUGGAUCACUUCCCAACAUGGGAAAUCAGACAGAGAAUGUCACUCUUCCUCACUGCCAGUUCCGCUGGUGUUGGUUUUUCUUUCGAGAAAUGUUUAAGCAUUGCGACCUGAUGUGACAUAUGUGAUAUGACCAAUAAAGGCUCCAGUUUCAAAGAAUUAAAAUUUUCUUUCAACGAUUUAACGGUUUGGGCUUUACAGGGUUAAACAAAGAAACAAAUUGUGCAGCCUUGGUUUAAACUACGUGCCAAAAAAGAAGUAUGUCUUUGAUGAUGACUAUCUCUAGGCUGGUAUGCUUAAAAAACUAGCAAUAAACUGCACCAAAGUGGGUUCCUCGUGAGUAAAAGAUUUGCGCUCUGUUUAGCUCCGUGUUGAUGUGCGCGUAACUUUUCUGCUGUUUGCUAUGACCUGCUGUCCAGAGGUUGAGCCUGAGAUUUUAAGCCUAAAUCAGCUGAUAAACCAAGACAUCAAACCAAAAGAAUGAAGUAAAACACUGUGUGGUGGUUUAACACAUGCUUAGAGUUUAACUUGUUAGUGACUUGCUGCACCUUUCUGUCCCAUCAUCUUAUUCUCCAUGGAUUUGACAAUAAACCUGUAAGCAGUGCUCUCUGA